AUGUUGCAGUGGCAGACAGGAGCUGCUGGUAGGGAAAGUCAGAACAAGAGAAAGAAGGCAAGACUUGAAGUUAAUAGCUCAUUCGCCCUCCGCUUCGCCUCACUCUUUGCCGUGCCGCCUACUCUCAACGACGAUCCUGGGCAAGCUAUCUCGACUAUCUGGCAACCAUACCACGACACCUUCUCGCCUCACGGUUCUGCAGGUGCGCAGGCGUAA